AUGCUCUUCACAUGCAAACGCACCCCGCCACAAGCAGGCGUCAAGACCUGCCUGCAGAUCUUCUCUAUCAGAGUCGUGGAAAUCAACGGUGCUUAUCUUGAGUGGCCACUGGAGGUCUACGGCCUGGUCGCCACCCGUGACUCGAUGGAUCAUAAUCGUAACAUUAUCUUCAGACUCAGGAGGGACGCCUGCCAACUCCUCACUCAACAGGAUCCAUUUUUGGCGCUGACCGGCCCGGCUCAUGCGAUUAUCUUCACCGGGCCAGUCGACAUUGAGAUCCAACUCAAAGUCAAGGGCAGAACCACAGAGCAUGAAGACAAAGAUUUCAUCUCCAAAGUGCUGGUAUACGAACGUGAUCCCAGUGACAAACUUGCCGACGCAGGCAUAGGCAACCAAGACAUCAUGCGUACCAGCUGUUUCGGCGAGUUGUGCUCCCUACAGAUCACCUCCGCCCUGAUCGCCGAAGCGGUUGAGGCCACAGUCAUCUCUGCUGAAGUUAUCGAGGGACUAUGGCCCCCAAAGUCAGGAAUCCGUGUCGUUUCCGGUACCGCCAGCAUAGACGAGGACUUUGUACUGCUCGAUGCUCGGGAUGGGACGCUUCGUGUGGAUCCGGCUGACGGUGUCAUCCCCAUUACCAGAAAUGUUGUCUGUGUGGAGAAAGAUGGGAGGCUGAAGCUUUCUAUAGAGGCCUACAGAAAGAGUGGGCGUAUGUAUGCAAUAUCUGUUACGGAGUUGAUACCCAAGAGAUCCUCCGCCAGUAUUGCCAUAUGCAAGCUUCCCUUCUGCAUGGUCGAGUUCACCGUAGCUUGGUCCUGCCUCGUGGCCAAAGUGGAUGACCUGAGGAAGUACGGUAUCUGA